CUCAGAGCGCAAAAGAAACACUCAGAAUUACAAAGAAGAAGAAGAACAAAAGAUCUCACAGAAAUUAUUAUUUCGAUUAUCUUUCCGGCGAAGAAUUUGAUUAUCUAAUGGCGGGUAAAGGCGAAGGUCCAGCAAUCGGAAUCGAUCUCGGUACUACCUACUCAUGCGUCGGUGUGUGGCAACAUGACCGCGUCGAGAUCAUCGCCAACGAUCAAGGCAACCGCACCACUCCCUCCUACGUCGCCUUCACUGAUACCGAGCGUUUGAUCGGAGAUGCUGCGAAGAACCAGGUGGCCAUGAACCCUACGAACACCGUCUUCGAUGCUAAGCGUCUCAUUGGUAGAAGAUUCAGUGAUCCGUCUGUUCAAGCGGAUAUGAGGCACUGGCCAUUCAAGGUUGUUUCCGGCCCGGCGGAGAAGCCAAUGAUUGUCGUCAACCACAAGGGAGAGGAGAAACAGUUCUCUGCAGAAGAGAUCUCGUCGAUGGUCCUCACUAAGAUGCGAGAGAUUGCAGAAGCUUUUCUUGGAUCUCCGAUUAAGAACGCUGUGGUGACAGUGCCUGCUUAUUUCAACGAUUCUCAGCGUCAGGCGACAAAGGACGCCGGAGUCAUCUCUGGACUCAACGUGAUGCGUAUCAUCAACGAGCCAACCGCUGCUGCGAUUGCGUACGGUCUUGACAAGAAGGCGUCGAGUGUUGGCGAGAAGAAUGUUCUUAUCUUCGAUUUGGGAGGUGGUACUUUCGAUGUGUCUCUGCUUACGAUUGAGGAAGGUAUUUUUGAAGUCAAGGCCACGGCUGGUGACACGCAUCUUGGAGGUGAAGAUUUUGACAACAGGAUGGUCAAUCAUUUUGUUCAGGAGUUCAAGAGAAAGCACAAGAAGGAUAUCACUGGAAAUCCGAGGGCUUUGAGGAGGCUCAGGACUGCUUGUGAGAGGGCGAAGAGAACUCUUUCUUCGACCGCUCAGACGACUAUUGAGAUUGACUCUCUCUACGAGGGUAUUGAUUUCUACACAACCAUCACUCGUGCGAGGUUCGAAGAGCUCAACAUGGAUCUCUUCAGGAAGUGUAUGGAGCCGGUGGAGAAGUGUUUGAGGGAUGCUAAGAUGGACAAAAGCAAUGUCCAUGAUGUUGUCCUUGUCGGUGGCUCAACAAGAAUCCCCAAAGUCCAGCAGCUUUUGCAAGACUUCUUCAACGGGAAGGAGCUUUGCAAAAGCAUCAACCCGGACGAGGCUGUUGCUUACGGAGCGGCUGUUCAAGCUGCGAUCUUGAGCGGUGAAGGGAACGAGAAGGUCCAAGAUUUGUUGCUCCUUGAUGUCACUCCUCUCUCCUUGGGUUUGGAAACCGCCGGUGGUGUUAUGACUGUCUUGAUUCCGAGGAACACCACGAUUCCGACCAAAAAAGAGCAGAUAUUCUCGACCUAUUCUGACAACCAGCCCGGUGUACUGAUUCAAGUCUACGAAGGAGAAAGAGCGAGAACAAAGGACAAUAACCUCUUGGGGAAAUUCGAGCUGAGUGGCAUUCCACCUGCACCACGAGGUGUUCCUCAAAUCACUGUCUGUUUUGACAUCGACGCCAACGGAAUCCUUAACGUAUCGGCUGAGGACAAAACAACGGGUCAGAAGAACAAGAUCACUAUCACAAACGACAAGGGAAGGCUGUCGAAGGAAGAGAUCGAGAAGAUGGUGCAAGAAGCAGAAAAGUACAAAGCUGAGGAUGAAGAACACAAGAAGAAGGUCGAUGCCAAGAACGCACUCGAGAACUACGCAUACAACAUGAGGAACACGAUAAAGGAUGAGAAGAUCGCAUCUAAGCUCGAUGCAGCUGACAAGAAGAAGAUUGAGGAUGCGAUUGACCAAGCUAUUGAAUGGUUGGAUGGGAAUCAGCUGGCGGAGGCAGAUGAGUUCGAGGACAAGAUGAAGGAACUCGAGUCUCUUUGCAACCCGAUCAUUGCAAGAAUGUACCAAGGUGCUGGUGCUGAUAUGGGUGGCGCCGGUGGAAUGGACGAAGAUGCUCCCGCUGGUGGUAGCGGCGGUGCUGGCCCCAAGAUUGAAGAAGUUGAUUAAGUUUUUAGCUCUCUUGUCACUGCGGUUACUUUGAUUUUCCAGUUGUUUGCUUGUUGCUUAGCUAAGCUUUCUAUGUUAUUUUGGACCUGCUUUUGUUAUUAAGCCGCUGCUUUAGAAUUUAUUUUGUUAUUUCGAAUGCUUUGGCCUUUAAAA